UCAAGAACGAGCAGCGGAUACGACGAGUGAGAUUCGAACGUACGGCAAAAUUUAUCCCCAACUUCUGGUGCAUCGCGGUCGCUUCUUAGUUGGCGGUAGUGUGAGCAGGUCUUCCGAUACACUACGGCGUACCGAUCACUGGAGAGGUGUACCUUGCAGUCACAGCAAAGCGUCGUGAUGGCAGAUUUCGACGCUAUCUACGAGGAGCAGGAACUCGCGGAGGAAAAUGACGAGGAAGCGCACGUUCAAAUGGUUCCAGAUCCGAUUGUAAUCCGAGGGGCAGGCAAUAUGACAGUGUUUGGUUUAAGCAAUCGAUUUAACGUGCAAUUUCCAGCUGGUCUGGUUUCGCGCAUUGCACCGGAAGAGUUCAAAGCGACUGUCUUGCGAAUUAACGCCGUUUUGAAAAAGACACUACCGGUCAACGUUAAGUGGCUCUUUUGUGGGUGCGUUUGCUGCUGCUGUACGUUAGGAUGUUCUCUAUGGCCUGUGAUAUGUUUAAGUAAGAGGACGCAGCAUACGCUCAACAAAUUACUCGAGUGGGAAAACAGUCACCUUUAUCACAAACUCGGAUUACACUGGCGCUUGAGCAAGCAGCAGUGCGAUUCCAAUUCAAUGAUGGAGUACGUGCUGUUGAUAGAAUUUAUACCGAAAACACCGAUCUACCGGCCCGAUUAGACGGAAAAAAUGUUGGCCAUGUGAAAGAUAAAAGCCCGAUUCGAUGUGUAAAAAGAAAUAGGCGAAUCGGGUGUCCUAGAAUGGUUUCCAAGUGUGUUGUUUUAAUCAUCAAUUUACUGUUGAUAACGUCUUGGAUUAGGUGAAGUAGUUAUUUUUGCUUUUAUACAUUUACAUUAACUCACACCAAGUAUACAUCCUUUGAAUGAAUACGCUCAAUAAAUUUUGGCUAGGUUCGGUAGUCAAGCUUAUUCGUUCGGUCAUUUGGUACUGUUAGCUGUGUACCCGCUAGAUCACACGUGCCACUGAUAUGAACAUGGUUUGAGAUUGGCUUUUUUGCAAUACACUGAGUUAUUUUUUAUGCUACUACAGAUAGUUUGAAUACUUCUCGGAACUAGUUGUAGGUGAAUAUGUUCAAAAACAUGACUAAUAUGAGUGGUUUGGCGCGAACAUUGUUAUGAGAAUCAAAAUAAAGUUGUACACCGAAUGGCGUAAUAAUAGCAAAACGAACGUUUGUAUAGUGUAUAGAAAAAUUGAAAUUGUGUAUAAAAAUGCUGGUGGCAUGUGAGCAAAGUAAUACUAGAUUGUGUUCCGUUAGCUUUUUAGGGGUUUGCUGCGUUUAAACUAGGGUCAGCGUAACGGAACGAGCUAGCUUGCAUGAUUGCAAUGGUAAAUAAAAAUAAUUAGUACCGCUAAAGGAAUAGACAGGGUGUAGAAACGAUUCCACGGAUGGAAGUAGUGUUUCUGAAUAAUGUAGGCAUUAAUUGCGUAAUUCUUCGGUCUGCAGUUGACCGCAUGUGCCAUUAGGGGCCGAACACAGAACAGUGUGCACAUCCAACGAAAGAUUCCCAAAGCCUGCAAGGAUGUCGUUUAAUUCAAAAAUUUUCUAGUUCUCAUGCUGUUAAUCAAAUCAUUUUGAUGUUUUAUUUAGUAAAAACAAGCCUUACAAGAAAAUAAUACAGAAUAACAAGAUCAUAGAUUUGUUCAAGUUGUUUUAUGCGUUUUUGUUCGUCUUACAUUUGGGAUCUCUUUUACUAUUUUUGUCACUUAUUCGAAAAUUCUUAACCAGGAAAAUGAUCAAUGGAGG